AUGAGAAUCAGACUUGGGCACAGGUACAGUUUCCCACAUUGGCCAUUCCAUAAUCCAUUUGCAUCACAUUGCAAUUAUCCCGUUGCUCUCUCUCUCGCUCUCCCUUCCUCCGGUGACAGUCCUCUCUGCUCUCGCUCAUUGUUCUUUCCUUCCAUUCCAUUGCGAUGCCAGUUACACGAUGUUGUCCGUUUUCCGCAUUACUGAUGCUUUCCGCACCGUGGGAAUCCGUGCGGGGGCAUCUUGUUCCCAUUUGCUCCAUCAACGGCCUUCGUUUUCGUUUCUUGGCGCCCCCCAUUGUUCUUCAUCUUUUUUUGCGAACGUGUCUCGUCAAGAACAUGUGUUUCCGAGCCCAUAAAACAUCGGUGGACCACUUUGUUACACCGAAAAGAGAGAAUGGACGGACCUCCCGUCGACAUUCUGGAAGAGGAGGAGGUCUGUGAAAAAUUGGGGUGACAAAAUAUUAGAAGAGCCGGCGGAGCGGCGGAGAGAUAGCCGACACAACACGAGGUGUCACAACAUAUCUCAUUUCGACUCAUCGGUCAACUUCAAUCAACUUCUAACCUCUUCUUCGCACCGCACUGCUUCUCCUUGCUGCCUGCUCGCAUUUACACUUUUAUACUCUUCCAACCAAAUACUAAUUUCGGAUGGAAGUUUUUAAAAAGUUUCAGGUUCAUCUACUUUUCUUUUUCACAAUGAUUCCAUGUGCUCCUACUCUCAAUGGUUGGUUUCUCCUGCUCUCGAUGCUCACCUCGUUUUCGGUUUGUCCUUUACCGGUAGGCAGCAUCUCGGUGCGUGUGUUAUUUGUCGAAAAGUGGGCGGUCCGUAGGCCAGCAGGGGGUGCCGCCUCCCCGUCUCUUCUCCUUCGCAAAUGAUACUAAGAGGGGCCAAUUGAUGCGAGGAGACAAGAGAAAAGCGGGCUCGUUUUUUGAUUCGAUAUCACUCCGGUGCCCAGCUGUCCAUCGCUGACCGCUUCCUACGAAUUGAAGCCAAUUAGCCGUCGUGUCUGUAAUCCUAUUGUCCGCUACCACCUUCACAGACUCCCCGCCUGCCUUCGUUUCGAUCCUUAUCAUCUUAGUUCCCCUUUGUCCUCACAAAAUGCCACAUCAUCGGAAAAUGGCAUUGUUGUCAUAAACAUAACAGUCCACUCGUCCGGAUAACAUCGUUAUUGCGCACCGAGCGAAUGAGGCUCCUUGGCCGCUUCCGACUCUCUCUGAUCCUCUUCCUCUCCUCCAAUCACUCCGAGAUGACCGUUGCGCAAUCCAGAUCUAUCUGUCUGAUUUACCGUCUUAAUCAACUGGUCCCUAUCUACUCAUCCUGCACCAGUUCCAUCCAUUUUCCUUCCCCUCGUCUCUAUUUAUUCUGGACCUAUUAACUGCGCGAUAAUGGCUUCUGAGGCUUCCUCAAUGAGGUUAUCACUGCGGUCUUCUGGGGUAAUUGGCUAAACGGCAAAGUGGUCGUUUUCGCGCGUUUAUUACGUUUUUGUGUACUCGAUUCCAAAACUUGGCAGCGCCCACCUGGAAGCCUUUCGACCUCCACACUUUGUCCGUUUUCCCGGUCGUUCCCUCUCUUGCAACACCCAUUUAAUUGGACUGUCCUCUUCUGGCGCCACGCGGCCCUCCUCCAAUUUAUUAUCUUUUUGUGUACUUUUAGGGAAGACGUUCUUCUCUCUCUCUCUCUUUCUCUUCCUCCGUAUUCUUAUAAUAGCGGGGCGGCGGUGCAGUCGUAUAAAGCGACGCCAUCGGUUUUUUUGAUGUCAUGAAGUCGUGAAGCCUACCAUUUCUUUCCUUUUCCUUCGUUCCUCGAUAAAUAGCCUCGAUCAAGUACGCAAAAAAUGGAGAAGACAGUCAUAAAAUGAUGCGCGUGCCUAUAGACAGACGUCGGUCCACUCCCACCGUUUGUAUAGAAUCGAGAAGUGUGCAACAGGUGCCUUUUCCUGCGUCUCCGUUCCUUUCUCUCUCACUUCCGCUUCCUAUCAGCCGUUUUCAGAGUCGCUUCGCAUGACGACGUCGCCCAACCGAUGACGUCACCAUCACCAUCCGGAAACGUGGUGGUCGUCGGUUCGGACGGUUCGUCGACCGUUUCGGACCGUUGGCCGCCCCAGAAGCCAUGGAUCUCCCCGCCAAGAGUCAGGAUAGACAGACAGUUCGUGGCAGCCGCUGUGCCCCACGUGCUCAUGUUCCUGCUUGUUUGCAUCGUCUUCACAGCACAACAGUCGAGGAUCUCGACGCUUGAGAGACGCAUCGAUCAGCUCGCCGGUCAGGUAUGAAUGAUUACCAUUUGGGGGCCAACUACUGCCACGCCUUGCCGACGAACAUAUCGCAUUACUGUCAAGAGUGCUCAAGUGCUCCGCUCGCACUCCCAAUUGGGAAACAAUCAAAUCGAAUACUCAUAAACUAGAGUGCUUUGAGCUUUUUUGGUAGGGAGUACAAAGUGAAACUGUACAUUUAAAAUUUUAGCUCUUAGCUUGAGACAGAAUCAGAAGCAGUCAUAUGAUUUUGUUCUGAAUGACCGGAAUCACCCAUAAAAUGAUCAUAUUCAUGACAAUCACCUGCUUCUGUAAACAUGAUCUUCGUCCGUCCGUGCACUCUAAACACUCGGCCACCUGUACGUGUCCAGCUGUUUUCGUUUGCACUGUCUGCCUGAGAUGUCAAGUGUACACGCGGCUGCCACGUGGCAUCCACCUCCACCCACGGAGACGUUUCCUCUCCAAAUCGUUUUGUGUCACCACAGUGAUGCGCCCUCCGACUCUAUAAUUUUCGCACCUUCCUCAUCGUAAUUGGCGGUUACGACGCUCAGAUCGGUGGUAGUGGUACCAUCUUCGACAUAUGUUCAGUACCGUCCAAUUACGAAUCCGUUCCGUUUUGUGCAGACGCGCGGGGGGCAAAUCAGCUUGACACAGAAGGGGAAGUGUGCCAAGAGAGACCUUGACAGUGACAUGGCAAAUUGAGUUUAUGACGGACGACACUUGUGUGAAACUUUUUCGGUUUGGGACGGUAGUUUGACGCGAAUUCGGCGUGAUGGCUUCCCGCAGACUAGGCUGAGAAACGCGGAGGCCAUAACUCAAAAGUGUUAUCUUUCUUCCGUUUCUCUUCACAAGAAACGGGGACUCCUGACAGGGGGAGCCCAUAAAUUAUGCGAGUUACGAGCCGCCGCUCCACACGAAACUCCCGAAUACACUUGAUGCUUUGCAGAUGGAAGAACCGCCCAUAUCGCCCGGAGAAGAAGCAGAUGACGUGGCAAGGAGCAGAAAAGCGAGGAAUUCGUGUCUGUGCCCCCCAGGUAGGCCCUUCCGGGAUGACGUUAACAGCCACUUGAGGAACCGUAAACCAACGGGACACACCCGUCGUGUUGGCUGUAAAUCGCGCCAACUUUAUUUGGAUAGUAUAAUCGUGUUGAUGCUUUUGAAUUGCGUGGAGAGCUUGGAAGCAAUUCAUGUUACAACAGUCAGGGAAAGAAAGACAAGAUGACAUGGUGUCUGUGGUCGGCGGGAUGAAAAGACGUGACAAAUUGAUCAUCAGCAAUUGACAAGCACUUUGAUUCCACGGAACAAGAUGUUGCAAUUUGUCCAGCUCUUGGAUUUUGAGAGAUUACACAUCUGAAAUGGCGUUCAUUGACAGAAAGCGUCUGUGAGCAUCAUCCAUAAUUAAUUGUGGUUUUACACUUUCCAAUAGUAAAGUUAGGUGGAUCUGAACAUGAAUUUCUUUCUGACGUAAUCAAGUUGGAGCCAUCAGUUCCGUACACCUCCCACCUUUGAUUGUUCGGAAAGAUUUCAAAUCCAAUCCAACUGAAUGUGAUUGAUGAAGUGAUUUCGGCAAGAGCUCGCGCCAAUUUGCCUCCAUCUCUAUCUCUCGCCAACCAUCACAACAACAAAAGAUUUCGACCGAGGCAGGACUCGAACCUGCAGUCUUCGGUUUAGGAGACCGACGCCUUAUCCAUUAGGCCACACGGCCACGAAGUGAAUGUACAACAGUGUGUCUAUACUACUGGAGGGUGACGAAAGUGAAGAGAGAGAGAGAGAGAGAGAGAGAACACAUGCGUGUGUACUGCAGUGGAGAGCGCCGAGAGGUCGCCCGAGGAAGGGGUUAGAGGGGAGUUAGGGAGCGGAAAGGGCGCUCCGAACGGAACCGAAAAUGACUGCAGUCAUGAUUUUCAUGAUUUUGAAUUUCAGGACCACCGGGAGAAAGAGGACCAGUCGGACCGCCUGUAAGUUUUUUUUCAUGUUUCAGAAACUGUGCUACUGUAGAUUAAUCAAAAAAGUUUGGAUUCAAAGAAAGAUUUAGGGUUUGCGGGGAUCGCCUGGAUGGCCAGUAGGUUAAACGUUCCAAUCCAUUCAGUUAUCCACACACUUCUCCGAGAGAAAUGAGAGUUCUGUGUAGUGAGUGUGUCGUUUCAGGGUCUGCCAGGUCUUCCAGCUCCUUACUACCGACGUCCCCGAGUGCCGCUCUCCAAUGUUGUUCCUCCGUUUCCGUGUUCGUCUCGUGACUCGUUUUCUUUUCAGAGUCUCGACGAAACGAUCUCUCGGAAGAUGCGCGCGUUCGGAAUGCUCUACUCGCCAGACGGACAGGCCAUUCAAUUACGUGGAAUGCCGGGACCCCCCGGUCCUUCGGUACUGUGCUUUUGUCGUUGUUCUUUGAUAGCUAUUAGUGAUGCUUCUAGAUGCUUUUCAACAUUUCUUUCGGGGAAAUCACACACACAGCGGUUCCGUUCAGAUUCACGCUUAGUUUUCUUAUUUCAAUCACUUUUCAGGGCCCGAAAGGACUUCGCGGCUAUCCUGGAUUCCCGGUGUGUUUAUUUUUCACUCAUAAUUUCAUCUUUGUACCCUCUGUUAUGCACCAGACGCAGAAAAUCGCAAACCUUUUGAAUCGUUCUCUAACAUUUUGGUUCUCUGCAUCUCCACUUCACCUGCACUCUCUCUUCCACAACAGAAUCCACCAAAUCGCAACUAAUUCAGGGUCCGAUCGGUUUGGAUGGUCCGCGCGGUCUGCCGGUAUGCUUUACUUCCUUCCCAGCAUUCGCAUGCACUUGUGUUGUCUUCAGUCCUAUUAAGUUCAGUAUUCAACUGUUUCGUUUGCAGGGAACACCCGGACCAAAAGGAGAUCGAGGAGAGCGAGGUCCUGUUGGCCCGACAGGUUUCCCGGGUCCGAAAGGAGAUCGGGGAAUCAUGACGUCACCAUAUGGAGGGCCACCGACUGGACCAAUCGGACAUCACCAAUCUUCUAAUUUCGGCCCACCAGGACCUCCGGGACCUCCAGGACCAGCCGGUCUCGCUGGAAGAGAUGGAAGACCAGGACCGAAGGGAGAUCGAGGACUGCCUGGAUUCGAUGGAGAAUCAAAGAUCGGACCGAAAGGAGAGAAUGGAAAUCCGGGAAGGGACGGCAUUCCCGGAGCUAGAGGACCUCCCGGGGAAAGAGGAGAAAAGGUGAGUGUGUUCGAUAAUUAUUUUGUUUUCGUUUGUUGUGAAAGUUGUGAUCGAGUUGGUACCGUGUCUUUCAGGGCGACACUGCGUUCCUUUCCACUUAUCCGAGAAGUCAGUCAAUUUCUUCUGUUCCUGGUAUCCAGGGACCGCCUGGACCUCCGGGCCCACCGGGAGUGUGCCACGUGUCACAAUGCAACGGAGUUCAGGGACCUCCAGGAGAGCCUGGAAGAACUAUUAUAGGACCUCAGGGCCCUCCGGUAAGCAUGUUGUAACUAUAUCGUUAUCUCGUGAACUUCAUGACUGAAACAAUGCGGUUUUCAGGGAGAAAAGGGAGAACGCGGAGAGCGCGGUGAGCCGGGAGAGAAGGGAUUACCAGGAACGCCCGGAGCCGCGAGUCUUCUGAACGGAGGAAAAGCUCUCGUCGGACCACCGGGACCACCGGGAAGAGACGGGCGACCGGGAGAGAAAGGAGAAAAGGUGAGGGGGAUGGAGUGCCGGAGAAUAGGUUUGAAUGGAAUGUCUUAGCGGAAUGACGUGUCUAAUGCGUGUGUGUUUCUGCUAAUCCUUCUAGUUCUUCAGGGCGAACAGGGUCUCCGAGGGGACAUGGGACUGCCGGGACCGGAAGGAACGCCAGGAAAACGAGGACGGAGAGUGAGUGUGAAGGAAUUCUGCUUCUGCUUCUGCAUGCAUUUCCCUUCUUCUUCUUCUUCUUUGUCUUUCUGCCUUGUUCCUUUUCUAUCCUUUCUUUACAAAAUAGGGCCGUCAUGGAAUAUCAUUGGUCGCGCCGAACGGAACCUUCAACGAAGAUGUCAAAACACUGCUGAAGACCGAACUGAUGCCUCUGCUGACUGCUGAAAUCUCCGAGUUAAGAGGGAAGAAUGUGAUCCCAGGACCACCAGGACCGCCAGGGCCAAGAGUGAGAGAGUCGGAAAAUGAACAGAGUAAUGAUUUAUUGUUUCUCAGGGACAUCAUGGUCCGAUUGGCCCAUCAGGUGAACGCGGACCCCAAGGUCUUCCGGGACAUUCUGGAGAACGAGGAGAACGGGGAGACAUCGGACCACCGGGACUUCCAGGGCAACCGGUGAGUCCAUGAUUAUCGACGCUCUUAUGAGAACGAGUGAUUUCAGGGAGCUGCCGAAAGCGGUGGUGGUCAAUCCGGUCCUCGGGGACCUCCAGGACUACCAGGACCACCGGGAGAGAAAGGAGACCUCGGUCCGCCGGGACUUCCAGGCCAACCAGGAGCACUCGGAUUGCCCGGGCCGCCGGGACCAAUGGGAUUGCGAGGACCGCAUGGAACGGAAGGAAAACAGGUAUUUGGAUGUAGUGGCACCCUGGUCCUUUCUUUUCUCCGACUCGUUAUUAUCUCGAUAUUUUGGUGUUGUGAAGUGUUUGGUGAAUCAGAAGAACACUCGAUUUGCAGGGAAAGCAAGGACCGGAGGGACCAAAGGGAUAUCCGGGGCCUGUGGUGGGAGAGGAUCGGGAAUAGGGCAGGGAAUGAAAGGGAACGAUUGCAGGGACCACAAGGACCGCCCGGAAACGACGGAGAGUCGGGAAUCGACGGACGACCAGGACCGCCGGGAGAGAAGGGAGACCAGGGUAUUCCGGGACUGGAUGCCCCAUGUCCGACUGGUCCGGACGGUCUUCCUUUGCCGUAUUGCUCAUGGAAACCGAUGGAUGUGAGUUGAAUGCAUGAAACAUACUCAAAUGAGAACUGGCAAGAGCUAACUGACAAUUUCAGACAAAUGUUCGCAUUAAUUACGGGUAAGAGAUUGAACCCAACAAACACGAUUGUUGAGAGAGAAAAACGAGACGUUUGAAAGAAGUCAGAGUGUUCCCUGGCUUGGAAAAACGUUUCAUAACAUUGUGUGAUAUUUGAAGUCUUCUGUGUUUUCCGUUUCGUUCCACCUAAUCACCCAUUGUUUUCCAGGGCAAGAACGACGUCUGGGAGCGCCGAAAGCGGGCUCCAUUACCAGGAAGUGGCCCAAUUCAGGAACAGGGAUUUUCUGGGACGGUCUGA